AUGGUUCUUCAUGAUCCAGAAUGUUGGUCUUAUGGUGCAUCUAUUGAUAUAUACUGUCGUCCUUAUAAUUACCCACUUGAUUGGUCUAAAAUCAAACCACCAAUACCAUUACCAUUAAAUCAACCAAUCACUGAAUCAAUACCUGAAUCAAUACCUGAACUGGAUCCAAAAUCAAUUACAGAAUCAAAUACAGAAUCAAAUACAAAACAAAAAACAGAAACUAAACGUAAAAAAAAGAAAUCUAAAUCUAAAGUUGAACUUGAACCUGAAUCAUUAUCAGCAUCUAUUUCUGAAUUAUCACUUGAUUCAAGACCUGGAUCCAAAAAUGAAUCAACAUCUGAAUCAACACCUGAACAAGUACCUGAAUCCAAAACUGAAUCCAAAACUAAAUUCAAAACUGAAUCCAAAACUGAGUCCAAAACUGAAUCCAAUACUGAAUCCAAAACAACCAAAAAAGAUCCGUUUGAUUUAGCAAAGCGGUUAACUCGUCCAAAAUCUAGAUCUGUUGAUAUUUCUCUUCAAAAUAGACCUCAGUUAACACCAGGAUAUAUACAUAAUGUUAAUGAUGGUAAAAAUGAUAAAAUAUCUGAAGAUUUAAUCAAAAAAUCUGAGGAUUGUAUUGCUGAUUUACUGAAGGCUUUAGAUAUACUGGAUAAUGAAGAAGAAUCACUGGAUGAUCAAACAAUGAGUGAAUGUGAAACGGUAAUUUUAGAAUCAAAUACAAGACAAUUUAAUCAUAUAUUGGUUGGUGGUAAAAAGGGCAAAAGUGAACCAAACAGUGCUGUCCAUAAUGAUGGUAUGACUCUUGAAAGGGUUAAAGGUGAUUUGAAUUCUUUUUAUUAUUUUUUCGAUGUUGAAGAAAAAUUAAAUUCUAGUAUAAAUAUAUGGACAUUAAGGAAAAUUCAAUGGUUGUUCUCAAGACCAAGAAUGGUUGAUGUUCCAAUUGUUGAUUUUUGGGAUCAAAUUUUUAAAAAUAAUUUAGCUAAAUGUAUGAGUUCAGAGUUGGCAGUUUUAUUAUAUGCAAAUUUUAAAGAAUUAUGUCGAGUACAUAAAUUUGAAGAAAAUCAAAUAUCUGCACAAUUUUUCUAUAAAACUUUUUUCUAUCCAAUGCUUGAAUCAAUAGAUAUAAAUAUAAGUCUUUUAUGGAAUCCAAUUGAAUUGGAAACAACAAAUUUUACAGAUGAUGGUUUUUUACAAAAAAGACAAAUAUGUCAUCCAGAUCCUUUUUCAAUUUCUCUAAGAAAUUUACCAACCUUUUCAAAACAUCCAUAUGUUUCAGAAAAAAAUUAUGAUCCAUUUAAAUAUGAUGAAUAUAAACAUGGUGAUUCUAUUCAUAUUAUUUGGAAUGAAUGGAUGAAUGGAUUUUAUGGUAAACAAUCAAUUCAAAAAAUUGAAAAAACAAGAUCAUUAUUAGGUAAAAUGGGUCUGAUUGAAAUGAAUGAAAUUGAAAAUAGAGGAGAUUUAAUAUGUCCAUUAAGGAAAAAUAUCUUAUUAUUCAUUUAUUAUGGGGCAUUUUAUAAAGGUGUAUCACCACAAGUUAAUGUUGAUUUAUUACAAGCUUAUUUAUAUUUUAAUGAAAAUAAUCUUGAAUGGUUAUCUAAAAAUAUGUUUGAGAUUUUUGAAAAAGUUUAUGAAAUAGAUUUAAAUGCUGUUCAGCCAUUUCUUAUCUUUGCAGAAGAUAUUCCAUUACAGAUGUGA